AUGAUAACUCCUUAAUUGUAGAAUGAAUUACAAAUCUAUCACAGAGUAAUCCAGUCUUACUUAGGAUGCAAAUAGAAAUUAUUGAUGAAUGAAUUGCUAUAAUUCACCUUGAAUUUGGCAUAACAAUAAGUGCAAUAAAAUCAGACAUGCUCUUAAAUAAUAGAAGCCUUAUUGCCUCAUUUAAGCUAAAAUGACAUCAAGCAUAUCUUCAUAGUAUUCUCCUAAGAGGUAUAACAGAUCUAUUUGAAUAAUGUCAACAUAUUACUCAAAUAUAUAGGAUCGUAUCUACCUUAUCUAGGAGGAAUGGAUGGAAUCAUCAAUGCUGAUAGUCGAUUGAUCGAAUAAUUGGAACUCUGUUAAUCAAUGAUCUAUUUACUAUUGCAAAGUGAAUAAACACUAGCACAACUAAGUGAGAGUCCAGACUUAAAUCGUUUAUUUGAAUGGUACUGCUUGAAUUCUUAUUCUGGGAACAAAUUGCAUAGCUAUGCUGGAAAAUUACUCAAAUAAGUGAGCGAUUCAUUGGAUUAAUUAUUUGAAUUAUUGCCAUGCAAAUAAUACAUGUUACAGUAAAUAUUCCAAUAGCAAUAUUACAUUGACGAUGUGAUAGUUAAUCAAUAUGAGAAUAGUUAGAUCACUUCAUACACUGCUUUCACAUACACAUCUCAGAUUUUGGAAGUGAUCCAAUAACAAUUUGAUAAGUAUUUAAUUUCAGAUGAUGUUGCAUAACAAUUCCAAUCAGACAUCUAUCAUUACCUAAUAAAUAAGAUCAUCAAGGAGAAACAAAUCACACAAGUCUAGUUUUUGGAGGAGGAGUUCGGCAAUAAGAUGAAAGACAAAAUAUAUCCAAUUAGGAUUGGCCAUUGCACAAGAAAGGAGCGAAGAGUAGAUUAGCUCUAAUCACUCUCCCAUGAGGGAAUGAGAAGUGAAUAUUAAAUGGUAUUCUAGUUGGAUAAUGAAAUCGAAAUCAAAAAUAUCAGAUUGGGUAUUCAAACAUUCACUGCUGAUUUUGCUGACAAAUAUUUAGGCACUCCCAGUAGUGUCCUAUUAGAAGUAGGAAAAUCAUUGGAGGAACUAUAUCCAAUUGCUGAGAUGCAAUUAAUUAAUGACGAAUAUUAUUCACAAUACCAAGUCAAAGUAUUUUGUUACAAUUCUCAACUCAUGAAUAAGCAGCAAUUGCCUCCUGGUUAAUCUGUCAAAUUCAUCAGCUUUAGAAUGAGAUAACAAUAUGUAGAACAAUUGGAUGUAUCCAAAGCUAUUAAAAAGCUGUGCUUAGGCAUCAGUUUUAUUUCAGUUUUGGGUUAUGCUUCUAGUAGAUAAAAAAGAAGACGGCUAUCGAUAUUCUAUCCAAGUUCUGUAAACCCAAUUACCAAAAAGACUUUGCAACAAUUGGCCAAUGAUUCCAUCGUAUUAGAACAACUCCAAAACAAUAUCAACAAGUUCAUGAAUGCACUCAAUUCUUAUUCAUUUCAAUUGAGUCCUUUGAUAUUGGCAAUUGCUAAAUAUAAUCACGAGGUCGGAGAUUGGUUAGUAGUCAAAUUGAUGGAAUACCCUGAAUAAUAUUUGGAAGGAGAACAUGUUCAUGAAAGGUUCUUGAAAUUGCACAACCAUCUAUUUCAGAAAUUGCUGGCUCUACAGAUCAACAAUCAUCAGCAGUAAGAUCUAUUAUGGUAUGAAAAAUUGGCUUAGCAUUUCAUUGAAUCCUAUUGCAAUGUUCUGUUAUUGCAAAAGAGCAAAUUGAAAUAAAGGGAACUUUCACUAAAUAUCAGCAAAAAUGAUAUCAUACAUCUGAUUGAAUUGUUCUAAUUGUUGCAUAACAAACAUGCCAGACAUUUGCUAAUCAAACUGAUAGUAACCAUCACUUAUCUCCCACAUCCUUAUGAAUAGAUUUUGAAGAAAACCUAACCAUACUUCUUUGAAGUGCUUGGACCAUUAGCUUUGGGAAAUAGAGUAAGCAUUGAUUGGAUUAUCAAUCAGUUGGAUUCAAUUUUUGGUAAAUUUGAAUUGAACUACGUCAUCUAAUUCUUUUAUACUCUAUCGACGAAUAAGAAGAUUGCUGAUCAUCUACUCAAAUACCUUCUCCCUCUCUAUAAUUCAUUAAUCGAAGAACCCUCAUGCAAAACCAUCUUGAAACAAUUCGAUGAUAAAACUAUAGAAUUGGCAGCCAAAUUCAUCAGCUACAUGGUGUAGAAGUAUCAUGCAAAAUUCAUAAUCGAAGCCUUGAUACGAGAUAUUGGCAGAUUGGAAGGAAACAAAGAUAUGAAAUUCGUGAGAUCCUUGUUGGUUCCAAUUUUGAACAGUGAGGAUUAUGUUUUCUUGAAGAUUCAAUUUGAAGAUUAAGGCAAAUUUAUUUUGGAUCCAAAGUUUAUUGCUUAGAAAUAAAUAGACAAUACUCAAAAGCAGGAUGAAUUAGUAUUCGAAUCAUUAUUACUAACAAUUAAAUAAAGAGAUUAAUUAUUUGCUCAUAUAAGCGAGACCUAUUGGAAUAAGGUGGCUUUUUAGAAGAAUGAUGGAGAUUCAGACAUGUUACCACAUUUGGAAGAUAAAUUCUUUAAUUCCUCUCCUUAGAUGAUGGUUAUCAAUUAUAGAAUCAAUAAUGUAGACAAAACUAUUAUCUUGUAUCAUAAUGUGAAAUGCACAAAAUCAGAUAAAUUAGAUUUAACAUACAGUUGGAAUCAAGGGAAGAUGAAAGUGUUUUAUUUCAAUGAAAAUAAUCUUAUUGUCAAUGAGGAAAUUGACAUCAAUGCUUAAAUUGAAAUAUAUGAUGAACAAGGAACCUUAACAUUCUAAAAUAAUGAUAAAGAGAACCAUCCAGAAUCAAUUUGGCAUCAUUUAAUCUAAAAGACUAGGGAAGUCUAGACAAUUUAAAGAUUGAAUAUUAUGUUUCAGGGAGUCAGACCUUAAAAGUAAAAGAAGACAUUGCCUUAAAUUAAUAUACCAUAAGAAACUACUAGUUUACUAUUCCCUAAUUAUGAAACCAAUCAAUCACUCCUAUAUUACAGUGUUGUUCCAGUUUACUAAUUACCAAGUUAAUUGAAAUUAUGUGAAUUGAAACAAUUGAUCGUAUUCAACAAAUAUGGAUUAAAACAGGAAUGCAAUAUAUUUGAGAACCAGUAAAAAUUGAAUGAGUUACCUACAAAUUAAUAAAAUAUUAUUGAGUUGGUAAUAAAUGCAAGAGAGUUCAUUGAUAACAUCCACCCUAAAACAUCAUCAUUCACAUAUCCAUAACAAUUAACAAUAUUCCCCUUGUUUGAAGAACUAAAUGGUGUAAAUGCUAUGUUAUCUGUAAUUAGAGAAGGAAUUGGAUAAUGGAAGAAUUAACAACGAGCCAAUUCUUGGCUAUAAUUUUUAAAUGAAUUGCAAUCAUUCUGUCAAUUACCUAACUUUUUUAAUUUGUUCAUGAAGAAUCAAUAAUGUGUCAAUUUAUUGUUUGAUUUAAUUGCUGGACCUCCUGAUUCAAGUAAUAACAAGAAAUUAGAAGAGGAGGAACAGAAUGCUGUUAAGUUCAUUUAUACCACCCUCGUAAAUGUAUUCAGUGCUAGUAGUGGACCAGAAGUAAGAAUAAAGGCUUUGGAAUAGAAUUUAAUUAAGCAAAUCCUAGAUAGAAUAGCAUUGGUUAGUAGGGAGACUAAGAGAGAAUUUAGAAAUAAGGUUGAGGAAUAAGUGGUUUAAGAAUCACCUUAGAAAAAUAACACAUUGCAGAAAUCAACAAAGUAGAAGAGAGGAGUAGGAUAUGCAAGUGAUAAUACUGGGUAAAAUUAGAAAUGGAAUACGAUAGAAUAUGUGGAGAAGAAAACCUAAAAGUCAUAACAAUUAAUUGGAUUACUGGGUAUAGUAGAGUCAUUCUUUGAUUUCUAACAUUGGCAUCCAAGUGAAGAACUAUUACAUAAAUUAAAGAAUACAUUGUUUGAAAGUGCAUUAUUGCCUCUGUUAGAAAGUGCAUUCAGAAGUGGUUCACUUUUGGAAAUAUCAAAGGAAUUCGAGUUGUAUUGUAAGUAUCUGAAGAUAGUUUAAUCCAUGUCACAACACAAAGUAUUGGCCAGUGUUUUCUUAAAGAUUCCAGAAUAGUAUUAUCCUCCUUAAACAUAAUCAUUAUUUGAAUUGUUAAGUGCAUUGGCUGACACAUCCAGAAUCUUUAUGAAUUGCGUCCAAAAUAAUAGAAAGAAGAAUGAAGAGGAAGAACACUCAUUUGAGAUUGCCAAAAUGAUUAUAGAUACUCAUAAACGAAUGGAAAAUUGCAUCAAUAAGAUGAAUGAUAGUGGUAGUAGUAGCAAUGAAGAGGAUGAGACUGAACAACUCAAGAAAUAGAAAGAAUUAGCAAAUGAGUUGAUCGCAGAGAUUCUAUCCAAAAAUCUACCUGAAGCAUACAGAACCUUGUUGUCAGAUUUGAGAUUCAGCUAUAUUGAUAUGAAGGUGGGUGGCAGAUAUAAGCAUCACUAUUCAGGAAACAUUUCUACUUAGAUAAAUCAAGAUAAGAUCGUAAGAUUAGCCUAAGAAUUUGCAGAUAUGUCAACAUCCUUACCAAUUGAACACACUAAUGCCAUAUUUGUAAGAGCUGACAAAGAACGUGUAGAUGUGAUGAAGGCACUUGUUAUGGGUGCAAAAGGAACUCCUUAUGCACAUGGUGCCUUUCUAUUUGAUAUUUAUGCUGAUGAUUCAUACCCGAAUGCUCCCCCUAAAAUGAAUUUAUCUACUACAGGAAAUGGAAAAGUCAGAUUCAAUCCUAAUUUGUAUAGUUGUGGAAAAGUAUGUUUGUCACUCUUAGGUACAUGGAGAGGAAAUGCAUCUGAAAAUUGGGAUCCAAAAAUCUCCACUCUCCUUUAAGUUUUAGUGUCCACUCAAGCUAUUAUUAUGAGUGAAGAGGUGUAUUUCAAUGAACCAGGCUUUGAAUAGGAAGCAAACACAGAUGAAGGUGAAAAGAAAAAUGAAGGAUAUUCUAAUAUUGUCAGAUAUUGCAACAUUAAAUAUGCUAUGAUAGACUAGAUUAGAGAUCCACCAAAAGGAUUUGAAACUAUUAUUAGGAGACACUUCUAUCUUAAGAAAUAGGAAAUCUUGGAGGAAUGCAAUAAGUGGGUUGAACUUGCAGAUACCAAAGAAGCAGUAUAUACUGGGUUACUAAAUGAUCACAAUUCCAGUUGGUGCAGUGAAUUCAAAAAGAGCAAGAAAGCAUAUCAUAAGAAGUUGUCAGAGGCUGUUAAAGAAUUAGAGGAAGAAUUGAAUAAGAUUUAGCCACCUUCUGCUGCUGAUUUAGAAGGAUCCAGGGUACUAAGGACUUCACAGGGAAUGGCCAAUUUAGAUGAAGUAGAUGUUACAUACACAAAGAUUCAAUAGAAGGAAUUCGAAGCAAAUGAUGAAAAUGUCUUAGAUAGAUGGAGUAGAUACAUUGGUGCUAUGGGUAUGGAUGCAGUGAAGAAAUAGGCAAAUAGUUGUGUUUUGGUAUCUGGCAUUGGAGCCUUGGGUAUUGAAGUAGCCAAAAACAUAGUAUUAUCAGGAGUCAAAAUGUUAACUAUUCAUGAUCAAUAGAAAUGCACUUAAUAUGAUCUUAAUGGUUAAUUUUUCAUUGAAGAAAAAGAUAUUGGCAAAAACAGGGCUGAAGUAAGUUGGGAAAAAUUGCAAUAGCUCAAUUCAUACGUUAGAGUAAAUUAUGAAACCUCAGAACUCCUUAAUAUCGAUCUCACUAAAUACAGCAUUGUAGUAAUCUGUGCUACAUAUCCAAAUGAUGUAUUAUUCAAAUUAUCUACAUUAUGUCGUUAAAAUAAGGUGAAAUUAAUUAUAAGUUCAGUUGAUGGAGUCUUCGGAAGAGUAUUCAAUGACUUUGGGUAAUCAUUCAUAGUUGAGGAUAAGAAUGGGGAACAAACUGUUGAUUAUAUUGUUAAAUCAGUUACUGAUAAAGGGGAAAAUAAGUUGCACUUUGAAAUCACAGGUAAACAUGAAUUUUAGGAUAAUGAUAUUGAAUGGUAGACUCAAAUGGAAUUUCAAUUAACAAAACCAUUUAAAAGGUUAAAUCUUGGAGAUACAAUUAGAAUGGAUAUUCAAAAAUACAUUCGAAAUGGAACUAUUAAAUUGGUUAAAGUACCUGUUGAAUUAUCAUUCCAACCCUACAAUUAAGAAUUCAUUGAUAAGCCAAUUUAUGAUCCAAAUAUGUCAGAAUACGAUUUUAUCAAAUUGCAAAAUACUGAACAUCUUCAUAAUCUUUAUAACAAUAAGUAAACCAAAGAUUAGGAUUUCGAGUCCAUAUUCAAACAUUACUCUGUUUAAGGAGAAUUUUCACCUUUGUCUGCUUAUCUUGGAGGAUUCGUGUCACAAGAGGCUAUUAAGGGAAUAACAAAUAAGUUUACUCCAGUUUAACAACUAUUUUAUGUGGAUUGCACUGAAGUGUUACAAAAAGAGAUAUCCAAGGAUGUCAAAAUAAGUGAAAGGUCUUUAAGUAGAUUCUUGGGUACAGAAAUUGCUGAAAAAUUAGAGAAAUCUAAAAUAUUCAUGGUUGGAUGUGGUGCAAUAGGUUGUGAACUACUCAAGAAUUUUGCUAUGCUUAACUUAGGAGUGAAGGGAUCUAUCACAAUAACUGAUCCUGAUCACAUCGAGGUCAGUAAUCUAAAUAGGUAAUUCUUAUUCAGGGAGAAACAUUUAAGAAAACCAAAGUCUUAGACAGCUGCUGCUGCUGUUAUUUAAAUGAACCCAUAUUUGAGAGAUCACAUCAUAGCCAGACUUGAUAAGGUUCAUGAUUCAACAGAACACAUAUACACAGAUCAAUUCUUUGAAGACUAAGACAUUAUUGCUAAUGCUCUUGACAAUGUAGCUGCUAGAAGAUAUGUCGACAAACGAUGUGUAAAUGCUCGCAAGCCACUUUUAGAAUCAGGUACUCUUGGACCAAAAGGUCAUGUACAAUGCAUCAUUCCAUUUUAAACUGAAUCAUAUGGUAGCUCUAAUGAUCCUGUCGAAGAAGGAGAAAUUCCAUAUUGCACACUAAAGAUGUUCCCAGAAGAGACUUUCCAUUGCGUUGAGUUUGCAAAGGAUAAGUUUGGUAAACAUUUUUCAGCAAGACCAAAGCAAUUAAUAAAAAUGAUGGCAGAUGAUUACUUGCCCAGUCUAGAAGACAAUAAGCCUUUGAGAGAAGGCAUCAAAUUGUUGAAGAACAAACCAAAUUCUUUAGAAGAUUGUCUUAAGUGGGCAAGAGGGAAAUUCUAGAAAUACUUUGUUAAUGACAUUAAAUAAUUGAUGUAUACAUAUCCAGAAGAUGCUAAGACUAAGGAUGGCAAUCUAUUUUGGACUAUGCCUAAACGACCUCCCAAGGCUAUUUAAUUUGAUCCUGAAAAUGAAAUUCAUCAAUAAUUUGUAUCAACCUUUGCUUUCCUCAGAGCCAAAAUGUUCGGUCUCGAAACUGAUAAAGAUUGGAGAACUAAAGCUUAUAGACAAUAAGUAGCUAAGUAAGCCAAUCUUAUCACUUUCCCUGAAUGGCAACCAAGCGAAGAGAAGAAGAAGUCUAUUUCUGAUAAGGUUAAAGAGCAAGGAUAAAAAGAAGAACCUGAAGAGAAUGAGACUACUCAAGCCCAAAGCACUUAAGAAGAAACAUAACUGUUAUUCAAAUAAUUUAAAUCCUUAUUACCCAUCACUUUAGCAUCUGAUGAAUUUGAAAAGGAUAACGAUUAAAAUGGACACAUCGACUUCAUUCAUUCAUUUCGGCAAUCUAAGGGCUGCAAAUUAUAAAUUAGAAUCUAUGGAUUGGCUGACUGUGAAAAUUAAAGCUGGACGUAUUGUACCUGCUUUGGCUACUACUACUGCUGUUGUUGCUGGCCUAUAGACAAUUGA